AUGGCGCGAGAGAGACGACAACGCGCGUUGUUUCUUGAUGGCGCGAAAGAGAACGAGGAGGAGGAGAAGCGAGGGGUUUUGGGGAAAGACGAGGACCAACAGCGAGGAGGUUUUUCUUUGUCAGAGGAGGAGGAAGGGAAGGAGGAGGAAGAAGAAAAAGACCAGAGCUUGCAUCGUGCGACGGUAUCUGCGCCGAGGAUGGGGUACGAGAGCGUUCAGAGACGAUUGGUGGAGUGGAAGAAGCAGCAACAACGGACAACGAAAGGAGAGGAAGAGGAGGAGGAAGAGGGAGAAACAAUCGAGAUACAAAAGAGAAAGAAGGAGGAAGAAGAGAACGAAGAGGCGAUGAAGCGACGAGCACAGAUGAUGAAAGAGGAAGAGAAACGCACGAGGAAACAACGAAAAUGUUCUGGAUAUUUGGAGCAGAUGCCGUGGAAGUCGCCGAGGCUAACCGCGAGGAGCGCGAGGCGGAGAGAAAAAGAAGAGGAAGACGAAAGGCGCGAACGUUGUGAGAGGAAGCGAUUAAUAAACGCGCAAAAUGCUGCGGAAAUUUACGCGAAACGGUGCAACAAGAUGCACGCUCGCGUAUCGAGUCGUGUCUUAAAUGCGCUCGAAAAUGAAGUCAACAAUGAAACGUUCGACGUGUCGAAAGAACCGCUCGGCGAUGGCGGCGCGGUAGCCGUAGCGAGUGCGAUUCAGGAAGGGAGCGCAGAACACGAAGCGUUGAUUUUUGCAAAGUGCCAGGUCGGUUUGCGCGGGUUUCACGCGAUUUGCGAGAGUGCUUUGCAAGUCUCAAAGAGAUACAGCGUUUUGAAAGUGCUCGAUUUGAGCGAUUCGAUUGGUUUGCAUUGUGCGUUUGAGGACGGUCAAAACUCUUGCCAUUCGAAGCCUCCCGCCGCAGUCUCUCUGCUACUGUCUGUUUUGUACCAGCUUCUUGAACGGUUGAAAGUUUUGAAAUUAAACGGUUGCAAAAUCAAUAGCACGCUCGCGAAACCUAUUGCGGACGCAUUGAUAUCGCCCAAGUGUACGGUUGAAAUUCUUGAAUUAUCGAGAAACGCGUUAGGUAAUCGCGGCGCCAAGAAGAUUGGCGAUGCGCUCAUCACGAAUCGAACGCUCAAGGUACUCGACGUGUCUUUAAACGCUAUUAGUUCGCGCGGAUGCGUUUCGAUCGCGAACGGUACUCGUGAAAACUCGACGCUAAAAGAACUCUGCAUGUCUUGGAACGCCAUUGGCGAUAUUGGAGGUAAAGCGCUUGGGGAAGCGUUGGCAUCAAAUCGAGCGUUGCGCACGUUAGAUAUUUCACAAUGUGCAAUCGGAGAGGAUGCCACGUGCGCAAUCUCUAAAGGUUUGAGGAAAAACACGACGUUGAAAGUACUCAAGAUGGAUCACACGCGAUGCGGUGAAACUGGUGGAAAAAAAUUGAUGGCCAUGCUUACGAGGAACGAUUGCUUGACGACGCUCACGCUCGAAGGCGCCUCAUUCGCCGGCGCGAAGAAAGUAGAGGAGAAAGGUCGACAGCGGCAAACACAGGCGACUGUAGUAAAUAAUUCAAGCGCUCCAAAAUCGUCGGAUCGUUCAAAAAAACAGCAACAACAAAAAGUUAACAAUCAGAAGAAAGGCAGAGACACCGCCGAAAAGAAACGAAAAACGAGUAAAGCGACAAUCGAAACCAAAAAGUCUACUCGAGAGGAUUAUGAGAACAGCGACACAGCAUUAUUAUCAUCAUCAUCCUCUGAAGAGGAUGAGGACGAAAAGGAUGGCAACGGCGACGACUAUGUAAGCGUGAUUGUGGAUGAAAACGAAGUAUACGGACAUGUGCUCCGUACGCCUCGUGGAAGCGCACGAAACAGCAACAGUAACGUCACGCCGGUGAGCGAAAAACUCCCGCUUUCCGAACUUAUCCUUCCGGCAUGGUCAACAUCCGGGAACUCUCUCGCACGACAAACACCCAUCGACGAAGAAGAUCUUCUGAACCUCUUGCAACAGCUGCGAAGUAAUCGAUUAUCAGAUUUCGAGCGCGUUUCGCGAUUACAAAUGGUACGUUCCGCGUAUCUUUUCACUUCUGCUCAAGUUGCUCGCUUGACUCAAACUUUUUUCUUGCCUUCGAGCCACCGUCUGGCAGCCGCGGCUGCGUGUCAACCUCGAUUAAUCGAUAGCGAAAAUGCUAUCGAUGUCAUAUAUCUCAACAAUGGAUUCGGCUUUAGGGAUUACGCGUCUGCUAAUCGAAAAUUGGAACAGCUCUACGGCGAGCGCAAUGCGCAGUUUCGCUCGCAAAAUCCAAACGGCCGAUACCGAUUCGAUCUAGUCAUCGACGCCGAUCGUGCGUUGGCGCAAAGAAUGGCGGAUAUUGCUAACGAAGAGAGUUCAAAGCAACAAUUUGGCGGUAAAUGCUGGAGAAAUGUGAGCGUGGACGAUGGACCGUGUGUGAGCGAAAGUAUGUGCGAAAAGGGUACAGGAAUACCUAAAAUCUUCUUCUCCGCUUCUUCUUCUUCUGAGAAGCGGCGAAAGCGAACGAAAACGCUGAAACUUCCAGAACGAGGUACGUUAGCGUUUGAUUUCUCGAGUGUUUCCGCAUAUUUCGAAAACGAUAGGCGCCCUGAUGACGAUGACUAUUCCAUGUUGAAACUUAUCCGAGACGUGUCAAAUGUCGAGGCGUAUUUAUUCGACGAGAACGGAAAAAAUACAGAGAAUAGCAAACACAAAUACAAAACCGAUGGCGAACUAUACGCAUUCAAUCUUCGCAUAUUGCGCGUGAACGCGUGUACGUUGUGGUUUACUCCGUCUGCUGCGAAAAAUAUCAUCCUUUACUUCCCGAAAGGCGCAUUUCGAGUCGAAGCGAUUGUCGCACUUUUCGGCCGGAUCCCUCUACAUCUCCGCGACGAUUUUUCUCGCGAAGUAUUUUCACUCGGUCAACUCAGCGGUGUCGAGCAGUGCGUUCUGGGAUUACGAUUAGGCUGGCGAAGCGUACUCGGAACGCGUAUGGAACAAUUGACAUUUCGAUGUCGCCUCGAUUGUACGUGCGAGGAGGAUUUGAACGUGGCGAAAUAUUUGUGCGAGAAAGCCUCGGAGGCAAACGCGGACGCGCACUGCAGAGUUCGAAACGUUCUCGUAAACGAUCGAAGAUUAGCGAAGGACCCCGUACAAGAUGCUUCUUUGUGGAGUGUCUUGACUGCGGAGAGCUCGACGCCUUUGUUAGAGUUUGACUAUUUUGGUGAAGACGAAGAUGUUUUGAACUCGCUUUUGGAGAGAGAGCUCGCGCCAGUCGUCCAAAAUGGUAAUACGAGCGCGAGAGGACGGGAACAGAGUGCUCCUUCGACGACGGGUACGAAAAAAGAGUCGUCAUUCAACCUCCAACUGCGAAAAUUUAGCAACAAGCUCAACUUUACUCGCGCUUGCGAGGUGCACAGAUGGCGACAAAACAACCUGGUCAAAGUCGACGUCGAGCGCUCGAAAGUCGCGGAGAAAAAUAGUAACAGCAAUAACAACAACACUACGAGCGCCAACAAGAAGCUAAAGAAGAAAGUUAAAGAGAAGAAGAAGAAGCCCGAAAUCCCCUCCGCCACGUCUCCUCCUGUUUCGUCUCCCUCCCUGAGCUCGACGACGACGGGCGGGAACCCGUACGAGACCUUCUACGCGUCCUACUUUUCUUCUCCGUCGUCCUCGUCUUUCGAAAGCAACAACAACAACAACAACAACAACAACGUCCUCAAACACAUAUUCUCCUCGUUAGACCAGGACGGUGGGGGCACGUUAUCUCUGUACGAGUUUAAAAAAGGCGCGACUGAUGUCCUCGGCGUGAAAAUCGACCGGAAAAUUUUAGAGCCCUAUUUCCCGAUCCGAAGGAGUUCCGAACACCAAAACAACGAACAACAAAAAGACACCAACACCACCAACAACAAAAUCGAUUUCCGCGCGUUCCAAGAAGGCGUCGUCGAGUACGACACGUUCGAGAAAAUCUGCUCGGAGUGGAUGGAGCGAGAGGAAGCGACGAGAGGCGUCCUAAAUAGAAAGUACAAUUCAUUUUCGUGA